AUGUCGAGCCAACCUCUCCUCCAGACUGCGCCGGGUAUGUCCACUUAUAACACAAUUCCUACCUCUCGGGCAUACCACCGCCGCGAAAGACCCAAUCGUCGUGACCUCCAGCUAACCACCGCCGCCCUCGAUCCAGGCAAGCGCAUCGCCCUCCCGACGCGCGUCGAGCCCAAGGUCUUCUUCGCCAACGAGCGCACCUUCCUCUCGUGGCUCAACUUCACCGUCAUCCUCGGCGCCCUCGCCAUCGGCAUGCUCAACUUCGGCGACCGCCCCGCCUUCAUCAGCGCCUUCCUCUUCACGGGCGUCGCGAUGCUGACCAUGAUCUACGCCCUGGCGACGUAUCACUGGCGCGCCAAGUCGAUCCGCGUGCGCGGCCAGGCGGGCUUCGACGACCGCUUCGGCCCUACCUUCCUGGCCAUCAUCCUGCUGCUGGCCGUCGUCGUCAACUUCGUCCUGCGCAUAACCUACUCCUCCAAGGAGUCGAAGCACUAA